UCGAAGGUUUAGGAAGACAAGUCUUGUCGAGACCUUCAUCAAGAUGCAGAUCUUCGUCAAGACCCUUACGGGUAAGACUAUCACCCUCGAGGUGGAGUCCUCGGACACCAUCGACAAUGUCAAGUCCAAGAUCCAGGACAAGGAGGGUAUCCCCCCGGACCAGCAGCGUCUGAUCUUCGCUGGUAAGCAGCUCGAGGACGGCCGUACUCUUUCGGACUACAACAUCCAGAAGGAGUCCACCCUCCACCUGGUGCUCCGCCUGCGUGGUGGUGGUAAGAAGCGCAAGAAGAAGGUCUACACCACCCCCAAGAAGAUCAAGCACAAGCACAAGAAGACCAAGCUUGCCGUCCUCAAGUACUACAAGGUCGACGGUGAUGGCAAGAUCGAGCGUCUUCGCCGCGAGUGCCCCUCCCCCGAGUGCGGUGCCGGUAUCUUCAUGGCUGCCAUGCACAACCGCCAGUACUGCGGAAAGUGCCACCUCACCUACGUCUUCGACGAGUCCAAAUAAGCGGGCUCUGUUGAUCGUUCCGCCCUGUCUUCUUUCCGGUAACGCCUAGCAAUGUCGGUCGUGAAUAUUUGGUGGAUGAGGGAUGGAACGUGUGCGCUUUGAUCGUUCCAUAGUGCCUUGAAAUGAGAAAUCAAAAAAAUUCGAAACCGCC